AUGAGAUUCUCCUACCUUCUCUCCGCCUUUUUGGCAACCCUCACUAUCGCAAGUCCCAUCGCCAACCCCGAAGCAGCCAGCCUUUCCACUCGUGCUACCGAAGAUAAGGCCACAUACACCUUAGCCACCAAAACUCACUCCGGCCUAAAGAAAGACGACUGGGUCUGGUUUACCAUGGAAUGGCCUCGUGGCUCAAUUAUUGGCGACGGCGACACAGAGAGCAAAGAAGAACUCUCACAACUUCGAGACAAACUUGGCUUUGAUCACAUUGGCAUCGUUGUCGGCCAAGUUACUGAGGUUACCACGGGUAAGGGAAAGAACUUGAAGACGACACGCGAUUUCAAGGCUUCCUUGUAUCAUAUGAUUGAGCACGAGGACCCCACGACCAAGGUCCCCAAUACUGAGCUCAAGGCACCCAAUUGGAUAGCGGAUCCCAGCAAGAUUCUCAAGUUUGGAGGAAUGACGAGUUCGAAGAAGGCUACUGCUGCUAAGAACGCGGCAAAGAGUUACUUUGAUGACGAUGCUCAUAAGAAGUAUGCGGUUAAUGGAAACAACUGCAAUGAUUUUGUGAAUGCUGUUAAGAAGGCGCUCUAA